AUGAGUGAGAUUAGUGAAGAGAUGAGGAUGACAGUAGUGGAGAGCAGGGAGUGGUACAUGGCUGCUUAUGCACCAGAAGGUGUUCCGACCUCCGAUCAUCUCAAACUCCGCACAGUCAAAAUCUCCCUUGCCCUCGAUUCGAUCCCCGAUCAACAUGUCGUCCUCGAGACCCUCUUCAUCUCCCUCGAUCCGUACUUGCGAAGCAGAAUGACUGGCCGAGAAGACGGCCUCUACUCUCCCCAGUACAACCUCAACGAGGUUGUUUCAGCAUUUGGGGUUGGAAGGGUAGUUCGGUCGAAGGCCUUAAUAAGAAAGAUCGAUGCAGAUGCUGGGAUUCUAUUGCCUGAAUACAUCAGUACGCUAGGAGUACCUGGGUUUGCAGCAUGGAUUGGGAUUCAGGUGGUGGCAGAGCCAAUAAAACCAGGGUCGAAUGUGUUCAUUUCAGCCGCAGCUGGGGCGGUUGGGAUGUAUGCCGGGCAGUUGGCCAAGCUCAAAGGCUGUAGGGUCGUCGGAAGCACUGGAUCUGACGAGAAAGUUAGGCUCAUAAAGGAGGAAUUUGGAUAUGAUGAUGCAUUCAACUAUCAUACGGAGACAGACUACGACGCUGCUCUAAGCAAGUAUUUCCCUAAUGGCAUAGAUGUAUACCUUGAUAAUGUUGGUGGUGAAAUGCUUGAGGCUGUUCUCAACCAUGUCAACCGGCAUGCUAAGAUACCUCUUUGCGGCAUGAUAUCUGAAUACAACAAGGUUUGGACUGAGAGAAAGGGAGUACGAAAUCUGCUAAAUUUGGUUGGAAAAGAAGUAAAGAUGCAAGGUUUCCUGCUGGGUUCAUACUUGGAUCGGUUUGGAGAUUUUGCAAAAGAGAUGGAGAGCCACCUCAAGGAACGAAAGAUAAACUCUAAGCUUAAAAUCGUUCAUGGAAUUGACAAGUUCUUGGAGAGCCUCGGGUCACUCUUCACCAGCUCUAAUAUCGGAAAGGUGGUAAUCCAAGUCAAGUGAUGGCUAGGUUGAAAGGCCGGCAGGAUCGAUAUCAAUCUAUAUAUAAUAUACCGUUUCAAUAAACUAGUCAAUGCACUUUAUCAAAAAUUUAUCUAAUAAGAAUCUAGUUGUAUGUUGACGAUCCUCUUUUGCGGAUGAUUUCGAGUAUAAAAAAGCCUCUAAUUUGCUUAUU